CUCUCAGCUGGAUCUCUCUCCCCUGAGCCCCUCUCCUUCUCUCCCGUGCGCAGCGAGUCCUGCCCGCAGAGCUCUCCACCAUAUCCUACACCAUGCCGUCGUGCUGUCGGGAUCUCGUCAACCUCUCCCCCUCGUCUUGCUGGAUCAAGAAGUAGGAGACGACAUCAAGCCGUACGUGUGGAUACCAAUGAGGUGCCGUACGUUCGGCAUUGAGAUCGAUCUCAUCGAAAGUACCACUACGCCAACAACGAUCCCGUGAUCGUAAUGCUUUGUGGUCUACGAGGGUAUGAUGGUCAUUAUACCUCUCGUCACUCACAUCUAGUAGAUAUGAUCUUGAGUUUUUUCCGCAUUUUUCGUAGGAAUUUUUUUAUUUUUCAUGCGACGAACCCAUCAGUAUUAUAUUUUGAAACAUCUGUGGUACUAUUAUAUAGCAAAAAAGUGUAGCUUGUUGGUGUAAAAUAGGUACCUGAUGCCUUAAUUAGACAAAGUAACUCUAGCUCCUACGAUCCUUAUAAAUCGUAUUGUAAGCUAAAAGCCAGAAACGCGUCGGCAUCGAUGCCGUCCUCCCACUCGCAUCAUCUCUUCUCUCCCACCCUUUAAAACCACAUCAACCCGCAGCUCCAUCCAUCCAUAGACCAUACCUCCUCCCCCACUCGAUUGCUGCUACUGCAAUUCUAGCUAGCGGCCGCGCACACAUUAAUCCGGACUCCAUGAAGAGGAAGAGCUACGGGCAGCAGCAGCUGAGCCCGGAGGGCAGCCCGCCGUCGGACAACGAGUCCGGCCUGGCAGCCACAAUGGCAGCCGGCGGCAUCGGCAUCGGCGGCGACUCGCCUGCAAAAGAGCAAGACCGGUUCCUGCCGAUCGCGAACGUGAGCCGCAUCAUGAAGCGGUCCCUGCCGGCGAACGCCAAGAUCUCCAAGGAGGCCAAGGAGACGGUGCAGGAGUGCGUCUCGGAGUUCAUCAGCUUCGUCACCGGCGAGGCCUCCGACAAGUGCCAGCGCGAGAAGCGCAAGACCAUCAACGGCGACGACCUGCUCUGGGCCAUGACCACGCUGGGAUUCGAGGCCUACGUCGCGCCCCUCAAGGCCUACCUCGGCAGGUACCGGGAAGCCGAAGGCGAGAAGGCCGCCUCCGUGCAAGGCGGCGGCUGUGCGUCGAGGCAUGGCGGCGGCGGAGACGAUGACGCGAAUUCGUCGCUGGUCUCUGUCGGUGGGUCGUCUGGAGUGCUGCAGAAUCAGAAUCAGGGGCAGGAAGGGGGGGAUGUGGGGCUUAUGAUGGGGUUUGGUGCUGUUGGGACGGCGGCGAUGUAUUACGGGGCGGCGGGGAAUAAUGGGAGGAGGGCGUAUGGUGGUGGAGGAGAAGGGUUUCAGCGGUUCGGCGGCGGCGAUCAGGAGGAGAACAGCGCCGGCGGCGGUCACCUCCACCAUGGCGUGCAAUGGUAGUCAAUUAGGAGAACAGCGCCGGCGGCGGUCACCUCCACCAGAACGGAGAUUAAGACUGAAGAUGCUCGAUAUGCUGAUCGCUGCUGCUUAUUGUUGUUAGCUUACCAAAAUGCCUUACAAUUAGGAGAGUAUUAUAAGUGCCCUGAUGAUUCCGUUUUCUUACAUGAGCUGGUUUAAAUUACUGUAGUAUAUAUUUGAGUUGCUUCCUGCCGUCCCGGCGCAAUACUCUCUCUUGCAUUUUCCCCUGCAAUCCUAAUCACGACAUCGUCAGGCCUCUGAAUUGAAUAUGGACUUUCUCUC